AUGGCAUCUAUUAGACGGUUUUCUACUAUGGUUAAAGACACACUUAAGAACAAGAACUUGUUCAGAACUCAGGGUUAUAUCAAUGGACAGUGGGUCCUGCUGGACACCACCUUGGACGUUUUCGACCCUGGUUUGGUUCCAAAGCCUGAGGCUAAGAUCGCACAGGUGAACACUUUUGCAACCAGCGAGUACGACAGGGCCAUUGAGGCUGCCCACGAGGCAUUCAAGCUGUUCAGAAAGACCAGCGGCAGAGAGCGUGCUGCUUUGCUUUCUAGAAUGCACAAGUUGAUUAUGGACAACCAGGACGACUUGGCUAAGCUUAUCGUGGUUGAGAACGGUAAGCCAUACGCUGAUGCUUUCGGUGAGGUUGCUUACGCUGCUUCUUUCUUCCAGUGGUUCAGUGAGGAGGCUGCUCACGUUACUGGCGAUAUCAUCCCAUCUGCCAACCCUUCAAACAGAAUCUUGUCCAUCCGCCAGCCAAUUGGUGUGUGUGGUAUCAUUACUCCAUGGAACUUCCCUGCUGCUAUGAUCACCAGAAAGUUGGCUGCUGCUGCUUGUGUGGGUUGUACCACUGUGAUCAAGCCUGCCUCCGAGACUCCUUUGACUGCGUUGGCUUUGGCACACUUGCUGGAGGAAGCAGGCUUCCCUAAGGGUGUGGUCAACGUGCUUCUUUCCCAGAGCUCUUCCCAGGCUGGUAGAACUAUCUGCGAGCACCCACUUGUCAAGAAGGUCACUUUCACUGGUUCCACCGGUGUGGGUAAGGUUUUGAUGCAACAGGCUGCCUCCACCUUGAAGAAGUGCUCUUUCGAAUUGGGUGGUAACGCUCCAUUCAUUGUUUUCGACGAUGUCGACCUCGACAAGGCCAUCGAGGGUGUGCUCAUCUCGAAGUUCAGAAGCAGUGGUCAGACAUGUAUCUGUGCCAACAGAAUCUUUGUUCACGAAGACGUUUACGAUGAGUUCGCCAAGAGAUUGCUUGCUAAGUUGAAGGAGACUGUUACUUUGGGUUACGGUUUGGACAAGGGCGUUACUCACGGUCCUGUCAUCAACACCAAGUCCUUGGAGAAGGUUCAACAACACAUCAAGAACGCUACUGACAAGGGUGCUAAGCUCUUGUACGGUGGUGAGGCUAGACCUGACAUUGGUGACUACUACCACGACCUUACCGUUUUGGGUGAUGUUACCAAGGAGAUGGAGAUCUUCAACGACGAGACUUUCGGUCCAGUCUGUCCUUUGGUCAAGUUCAAGACCGACGAGGAAGUUCUCGAGUUGGCUAACGACACCGAGGUCGGUUUGUCUGGUUACUUCUACACCAACGAUGUCAGCCGUGUUUUCAGAAUCGGCGAGGGCUUGGAAGUUGGUAUGAUUGGUAUUAACACUGGUGCUAUCUCUGAGGCUGCUCUUCCAUUCGGUGGUAUCAAGGAGUCUGGUUUCGGAAGAGAGGGAUCCAAGUACGGUAUCGAGGACUACACUAUCAUCAAGUCUAUGGUCAUUGGUGGUGUGAAUUAG